UGUUUUCUGUUUUUCAGUGAGACCAGUCGGAAUUCUGAAAGGGUACCCGUUGUCUGGCAGCUGUCCCGAUCCCGUAAAGGGGUCGAGACUGCGGUCGGUAGACGUACUUGGAGCACCGCAGGCUGCAACCCUGGGGGACGCCUCGGGGAGGUUGGAGGGCCAGGGACGCCUGGUAGCCUCUCGUCUGUUUUUCCGGCAAAGUGAACCUGAUGAGAUAGGGUUGAUUUUUGGGCGCCAGGAGUAUCAACCCUCCGAUUCCUUUCGGUUUCUGUUUGAAAAUCUGAGAAAAACAAAAAGCGGCCACUGUGUGUCUAAUUUGUGUGUGUCUUUGUUUUCUGUGUCUUUUACGUGCCUGAUUAUUGUUAUACUGACAAUGGGACAGACAGUGACGACCCCCCUUAGCCUGACGUUAGAUCAUUGGACGGAAGUCAGAGCGAGAGCGCAUAACUUGUCAGUAGAAGUAAAAAAGGGACCAUGGCAGACUUUCUGUACCUCCGAAUGGCCCACCUUCAAUGUUGGGUGGCCCUCGGAGGGGACUUUUGAUCUCCCCACUUUAUUAGCAGUAAAAGCCAUUGUCUUCCAGGAUUCGCCUCAAGGACACCCGAAUCAGCAACCCUAUAUUGUAGUCUGGCAAGAGUUGGUGAAAAACCCACCGCCCUGGGUAAAGCCCUGGGUGCAGAAGAAAACGGGCCCUCGAGUUUUAGCUGCCCAGACCCAACCCCAGAGCAAGGAAAAAGAAACCACUAGAGUUCACCCUGACACUCAAGAUGAUUUGCUUAUGGUUGAUGAUCCCCCUCCCUAUCCUCCUGCCCCUACGGCACCCCCGGCCCCGGCACCCCCGGUCCCGGCACCCCCAGCCCCGGCACUGCCAGCCCCGGUACCCCCGGAACCGCCAGCCCCUGGUGCUGAGGCAGUGGAGCCGGCUCCGGGACCUGCCCAGGGAACUCGGCGCCGCCGAGGGGCCACCUUGGACCCACCGGGUAUUUUUCCUCUCCGGUCUUAUGGAGUUCCCAUCCUUGGGGAAGAGGGGGACCCGCCUUUCCAACCUCUGCAAUAUUGGCCAUUCUCCUCUGCUGAUUUAUACAAUUGGAAAGCUAACCACCCUCCUUUUUCGGAGGAACCGCAGAGACUAAUGGGACUGAUAGAGUCCCUGAUGUUCUCUCACCAGCCCACUUGGGAUGAUUGUCAGCAGCUCUUACAGGUACUCUUCACCACGGAAGAAAGAGAAAGGAUCCUCCUGGAGGCGCGAAAAAACGUGCCUGGGACUGACGGACGACCAUCGCAACUCCCUCAUGAUAUAGAAAGGGGGUUCCCGCUGACCAGACCCAAUUGGGACUUUAAUUCUCCAGAAGGUAGGGAGCGACUAACCAUCUAUCGCCAGGCUCUGGUGGCAGGUCUUCGCGGGGCCGCAAGGCGCCCCACCAAUUUGGCCAAGGUAAGAGAGGUUAGUCAGGGAGCCGCUGAGGCACCCGCAGUGUUCUUAGAACGCCUGAUGGAAGCCUUCAGGCGGUAUACUCCUUUUGACCCCACUUCUGAGGAGCACAGUGCUUCAGUGGCUCUUGCCUUUAUUGGGCAAUCAGCACCUGAUAUUAGAAAAAAGCUUCAGAGACUAGAAGGCUUACAGGAUUUGUCGCUGAGGGAUUUGGUGAAAGAAGCUGAGAAAGUUUAUCAUAAGAGAGAGACUGAGGAAGAGAAGGAAUUAAGGAAGGAAAAGGAAAGGGAAAGUAAAGAGGAAAAGAGGGACAGGAAGCAUGAGAGAAAUUUAACAAAGAUCUUGGCCGCAGUAGUAGAAAGUAAGGGACGCCUGCCCUCUAGUGGUAGAACUAGUAAGGCAGGGUCCCUGGGCAACCGACCUCCUUUGGAUAAAGAUCAGUGUGCGUACUGCAAGGAAAAGGGGCAUUGGGUGAAAGAAUGCCCUAAGAAACCACCACGGGGACCUCUGAAGAAGGUGUUGUCUCUGCUGGAAGAUGAGGAUUAGGGAAGACGGGGCUCGGAGCCCCUCCCCGAGCCUAGGGUAACCCUGAAGGUGGAGGGGCAACCCGUUGAGUUUCUGGUGGAUACCGGUGCUCAACAUUCUGUACUGACCCAAGCUAGAGGCCCUCUUUCUGGCAAAAAGUCUUGGGUGUUCGGGGCCACGGGCCAGAAACAAUAUGCAUGGACUACCCAAAGAACAGUGGACUUAGGAGUGGGACAAGUAAACCACUCAUUCCUUGUCAUACCGGAAUGCCCCACACCCUUGUUAGGAAGAGACAUCUUGACCAAAGUCGGGGCCCAAAUAUCCUUUCAGGCUGAAGAUACCCGAGUGACUGAUCGAGAGAAAAAACCUUUGGGCCUAAGUAUUCUGUCCAUAAGAUUAGAAGACGAGUACCACCUUUUUAAGGAACCAGGACCCUCCCGAGUUAGUCAGGGGUGGCUUAACCAGUUUCCGGGGGCCUGGGCGGAGACGGCGGGUAUGGGGCUCGCUGUAAACCAGCCCCCGGUGGUCAUAGAAUUGAAAGCCUCAGCCUUACCAGUAACUGUAAGACAAUAUCCAAUGAGUAAAGAAUCCAGAGAUGGAAUUAGGCCCCAUAUCCAGAGGCUCAUAGAGCAGGGGAUAUUAGUAAAAUGUAAAUCCCCAUGGAACACUCCCUUGCUGCCUGUAAAGAAAGCGGGAACAGGAGAUUAUCGACCAGUGCAAGAUUUAAGAGAAGUUAAUAAGAGGAUACAGGACAUUCAUCCCACUGUGCCGAACCCUUAUAACCUGCUAAGCUCUCUGGCCCCGGAAAACACCUGGUAUACAGUCUUAGAUUUAAAAGACGCCUUCUUUUGUUUGCGCCUGCACCAGAGUAGCCAACCGCUGUUUGCUUUUGAAUGGAAAGACCCCUCCACAGGAACUACUGGACAAUUGACCUGGACUCGCUUGCCACAAGGAUUCAAGAAUUCACCCACCCUCUUCGACGAGGCUUUACAUCAGGACUUGGCCUUUUACCGAGCCUCCAACCCACAGGUAACUUUGUUACAAUAUGUCGAUGACUUGUUGAUAGCAGCCCCUACUCAGAAAGCCUGCCAAGAGGCCACUGGAGCCCUUUUGACUGAACUUGCUAAAUUGGGGUAUAGGGCAUCUGCCAAGAAAGCACAGAUCUGCCAACAACAAGUGACUUAUUUGGGAUAUUCCCUGAGAGAGGGGAAAAGGUGGCUUACUGAAGCCCGAAAGCAGACUGUGACGCAGAUCCCGGUUCCUACUACUUCGUGCCAAGUUCGCGAGUUUCUGGGGACGGCAGGGUUUUGUAGACUAUGGAUACCCGGAUAUGCCACCUUAGCCGCCCCCCUGUAUCCCCUAACCAAAGGGGCGGCCCCGUUUGUUUGGGGACCUGAACAACAGCAGGCCUUUGAUGAUAUCAAGAAGGCCCUCCUGUCGGCACCCGCUCUGGCCUUGCCAGAUGUGACUAAGCCGUUCGUCCUUUUUGUGGAUGAACGAAGCGGAGUGGCUCGAGGAGUGUUGACCCAACAAUGGGGACCUUGGAAGAGACCUGUCGCCUACUUGUCAAAAAAAUUGGACCCAGUGAGUAGCGGAUGGCCUGCCUGUUUGAGAGUAGUGGCGGCCAUGGCCCUCUUGGUUAAAGAUUCUGACAAACUGACACUGGGACAAAAACUCACUGUGGUUGCUCCACAUGCGUUAGAGAGUGUAAUCCGACAACCACCCGAGAGAUGGAUGUCGAAUGCCAGAAUGACUCACUACCAAACCUUACUCCUGAAUUGUGAUCAUGUGGAGUUUGCCCCCCCUGCCAUCCUAAACCUGGCCACUCUGCUCCCUGAUUUGGGGAAGGAAGUGCUUCAUACCUGCCAGGAAAUCCUGGCUGAGGAGACAGGGACCCGCCGGGACUUACAAGAUCAGCCCUUAGGAGGACCGGGACUCCUGACUUGGUAUACAGACGGGAGCAGUUACAUCAUGAAUGGUAAGAGAAUGGCUGGAGCUGCAGUAGUAGAUGAUGACCGGAUCGUGUGGGCCAGUGGACUCCCAACGGGCACUUCUGCACAGCGAGCAGAACUCAUUGCCCUGACUCAGGCUCUAAGGAUGGCAGAAGGUAAGAGACUUAACGUCUACACUGACAGCCGAUACGCUUUUGCCACUGCUCAUAUACACGGGGCUAUUUAUAGACAGAGAGGGCUGUUAACUUCUGCCGGGAAAGAUGUUAAAAACAAACAAGAAAUUUUAGAUUUGUUAGAAGCCAUCCAUAGGCCUAAGGAAGUAGCGAUAAUACAUUGCCCUGGACAUCAGAAAGAAGACUCUCCAAUAGCUUGAGGAAACCGGAGGGCGGACCAAGCCGCAAAGCAAGCAGCUCAGGGAAUGAGCAUUUUACCCCUCCAAGUGUAUCCAGAAGCCACCCACUUUAAGAGCUUCCAGUAUACACCUGAAGAUCUCACUUGUAUAAACAAAUUAGGGUUCAAAAAUUCCUCGCCCCAAGAGAUAUACAAGUCUGAAAAAGGGAAAGUUGUCCUGCCCCAGAGAGAGGCAGAAGAAUACUUAAGGCAAUUACAUCAAUUGACACAUUUGGGAGCAAAAAACCUAAAGACCUUGGUUCGAGACUCCCCUUAUCAUGUUAUUGGAUUAGGAAAAUUGGCUGACGAGGUUGUAAAAAAUUGUGUUCCCUGUCAAUUAGAAAACGUGAGCAAAAAUCCAGCAAUAUCCGGGAAAAGACUUCGAGGAGAUCGCCCAGGAGCUUAUUGGGAAGUUGACUUCACUGAAAUUAAGCCUGCUAAGUAUGGAUAUAACUACCUUCUAGUUUUCCUAGACACAUUUUCAGGAUGGACAGAGGCGUUCCCCACCAAAACUGAGACAGCUCAGACGGUGUCUAAAAAGAUCCUUGAAGAAAUAUUUCCCAGGUUUGGGAUCCCAAAGGUAAUCAGCUCCGACAAUGGCCCUGCUUUUGUUGCCCAGGUAAGUCAGGGAUUGGCCAAGAUCCUGGGGACGGAUUGGAAAUUGCAUUGUGCAUACAGGCCCCAGAGCUCAGGACAGGUAGAAAGGAUGAACAGAACUCUAAAAGAGACCUUGACUAAAUUGUCCAUAGAGACUGGCUUAUGUGAUUGGUUAGUCCUCCUUCCCUUCGCCCUGUUUAGAGUCAGGAACACUCCCGGCCGCUUUGGACUAACACCCUUUGAAAUAAUGUUUGGGGCCCCGGCCCCGCUCCAAUCAGCACAUCUUCAUACAUUCCCCGAGUGUGCAACUAAUAAGUUUUUGCUUGAAAGGUUACGAGCCUUGGAGGCUGUGCAGAAAGAGGUGUGGGCCUUCAUUAAGGAAGCCUAUCAGCCAGAGGACCUCUCAGUACCUCACCAGUUCCAGGUGGGAGACCCUGUCUACGUGAGAAGACACCAGACAGGAAACCUCGAGCCGCGGUGGAAGGGACCUUUCAUUGUCCUCCUGACUACUCCCACAGCCGUGAAAGUGGAUGGCAUCUCCUCCUGGAUACACGCUUCACAUCUAAAGAAGGCACCCCCACCGGACCCGGACUGGCAAGUAACUUGGACUGAUAACCCCCUUAAGCUUCGCUUGUGUAGAAAGAACUAUGUUAUUAGUGAUUCUGAUGUUCCUGCUGCCUCCAACCCACCAGAACCCUAACCUUCAUGAACCCAGGUUACUGACAUGGCAAAUCAUUACCCCAGCUUCCCGCCAAGUAGUAGUCCAGUUAACAGGACAACACCCUAAGGGAACCUGGUGGCCUACCCUCACUGUAGAUAUAUGCACUCUUUUCAAACAAGACCCCUGGUACGAAGAUAAAGUUGGGGUACCCGGAUGUGGCACUCGGGAUUAUACAGUGCAUUGGGGCCCUGGGACUAUGAAAGAGAUCCAAAGUACCUGCUUUUAUGUAUGCCCGGCCCCC